ACAGCAGCUGUCACACCGCACUUUCUACACUAUAUAUAUAUCUACCCUAUAUGUACAUUGUGUCUUUUGUGUGAAUUACUUUUGAGUCUUAUCUGACUCCAUAUUAUACAGCUUCAUUCAGUCAGAUAUGCAAAAUGACUCUAUUACUAGGUUGGCACUUUAGUAGGUGCACAUUUUUAAAAUCUAUAUUGUCAUACCAACCAAUUAAGGUUUAAAAAAAGUAAGUUUUUUUUGAGUUGUGAAAACCCUGGUUUUAUUGGGGCAACAUGUCACCAUACCUCCCCUUAAAAUAUAUGCAUUAUAAUUUAAAGUAUCAAGUUAAAGUGUUAAGAGUUGUCAAGUUUUUAAAUAGAUCUCACUUCGCAAUGUGUUUGGGUUUUGGUUGAACGUGGUCGUAAAAACUUCUCUAAACAAGAUCUUUCAGUGUCAUUCUGUUUCAACUCUUUGGCAAACAAGAUGCUGUGCGGUAUCGUCCUGCUCACCCUGCUCAUCUCUUCUGCUUGUGCUGCUCACUUGGAGAUGCACAAAGAACCCUUUCCGGAAUUUGACUUUGAAGGCUCUGGUGAAAUUCCAAAGGAACAACUGCCUGGACUAUGCUGGGCUUGCAAGUGGACCAUGGGAAAGCUGAGGCAACAUAUCUCCAAUACAGCAACUAAGGAUGAUAUUAAAAAUCAGCUGGCGAUUGUCUGUGAUGGGAUCGGGUUCCUUAAGUCUCUGUGCAGGUGGUUUGUGAACAAGUACAUGGACGUUCUGACUGAAGAACUUUCCACUGAUGAUCGUACUAAAACUAUCUGUGUUAAUAUCGGUGUGUGCUAAUGAGCCUUUGGGCUUUAUUAUGCUGAAGAAUCAACUGAUUCAUUGAAGAAAUGCAAGCAAUAAAGAGUGUUUCGCUUUAGCUGGGAAAGCUGAUCAAAUUUAGCAGAGUGCACCGGAGCCAAUGGUGUGAUCAUUGUGAUUUUAUAUAUGAGCUUUCUGCGGGUUUGUCUCAUCGUUUUGUCUGCAAUAAAAUGUGUGAAGCAAAGGUUGAUGUGUUGUUGAUAUACAUUUACAAAUAGAACAAAUGCUUGAAUUUGUAUUUGACUUCUCCAAUACAACCACACCACACAUGCAUUGAUAUCUCACACCCAUUCCAAACUCAUAAUUUCUGG